AUGGCCGCUCCGGAUGUCUUGCAGCUCCUGCGAAACUCCAUCGCAGCGUCCAAACCGCCCAUCCUCACCAAAACCUCAGAUCCAGCUACGGCGGAAGCAAACAGGACGGACUCGUUCGUUGAUGCGACAGACCUCUAUUUCACCCAUCCUACCCAGCUCUGCCUGCCGCUAGAGACGAUAACAAGGUUCACGUCUACAACCCCAGAUACCGCCCAGGUUGAUCUGCGCAGUAUAUUCUUCGCGUGGCAGCACAAAGAUGUCACCGUCCCGGAAUACAUUGCGCUGGCGGCAGAACUCGACAAGCAGUUGCCGGAGGGGCAGAAAAUCCGGAACCUGGUCUUUGUCGAGCGUUUAGACUUGAUCACUUGGCUUGAAGGCGCGUCAGAAGAGUCGGAAUAUAUCAAGCCCAUUGAAGGCGCGGCCGCCAUAGGAGAUGCUGCCAACAGAGCUGCAGAUGUAGCUGGUGGCGCCGCUGUUCCUACAGUUGGUGGUUCGGGCGUCGGCGUCACUCAUACUGUUGGCGGAAGACCCGUCAAGGUCAUUGAUGCCAGACUUCAAGCAAUUUACAGUGGUGAACGGAAGAUGGGCGAUCAUAACUCCGUCUUGAGAGGAAUAAAACCUACGGAUUUUUCUCAGGUGCGCAAGCAUGCUGAGAUCUUUCUCGGACGGCGAAAAGGCGUUCCAUCAUCCACGAAACCCGGUCAGCCAUCCAGAAGUGCGGCGCUUGCCACUCGUCCUGCUGCGGGCCCAUCCAAACCCUUAUAUUCGACACUGUCCGCAAAACGGUCCGAUCCCAUUAUCCUCCUAUCGCCUUCGGCGUCCUCCCUCCUCCGCAUGUCAAAUAUCAAAACCUUCCUUGAUACAGGACUCUAUGUUCCGCCCGAUCACCCCACAUUAUCCUCGCAGACGACGGCCAAUUUGUUGCACAUCACUCGAACUCUCCAUUCUCUGAGCGAGAAACCCUAUCGAUUCAUUCUCGUUGACUCUCCAGAACAAUUCAAGCCCGAUUACUGGUCCCGAGUGGUGGCCGUCUUCACUACCGGCCAGAUAUGGCAAUUCCGAGGCUACAAGUGGCGAGAGCCCCAGGAGCUGUUUGGCCAUGUUCUGGGCAUCUAUCUAGGGGAGAAAGGCCUGCCAAUCCCGGCAGAAGUCAAGGGCUGGGGAAGCAGUGUCAAGACAUUUGCGGUGGAACGGUGGGACGAGAGAGCUCAUGGUGCCAAUGUGGAUCAAGAUGCAAGAGCUUCAAGGAGGUGGAGGGACAGAGAGACGGUGGAAGAGGUAUGGAGGUCGAUCGAGGCAUUCAUGAGGGGUCGCGGGGAAUGGAGAAAGUGA